UUUAGUGCUUGUGAAAGUGAAAUCAACGAGACACCGUCAAAAGAUGAAGCUGUGGUUGGGAGCAUUAUGUUUGGUAGCAGUGGGCACAGUAUGUGCGCAAGGACCACCGAGGGCUCGCCUGUCUGGAGGUCUACCUCAUGGCUUCAGAGUGGCAGAGGACGACUUAUCAGAAGACUUAGACAGGAACACCGUUACGCCAUCUCUUCUUCCUAGACCUCAGCAGCAGUACAGACAAGAACCACAACAAAGAGGAAGACCACAACAGGAUUACCAGCAAGGUGGACGAAGACCACCACCCAAGCAGCUCCUGAAGGAAGAGGAAUUAGAAGAAGAAAAGGAGGAACCAGAUAAAUUAUCUUUACUGUUGCCACAGUCUAAAUUUGCAUGUGAUGGAAAAAAUACCGGGUAUUAUGCUGAUGAAGGCUUAAACUGUGAAGUGUUCCAUUAUUGUCAAGACAAUGCAAGACAUUCAUGGAUCUGCCCAGAAGGUUUUCUCUUCCAUCAGGUUCAUCUGAUCUGUAUGCCGCCAAGCAGUGACAAUAUAUGCACUCAAUCAUCACAGUUCCAUUUCGUCAACGAUUUCCUGUACAAACCUAUAAACGCAGAAGAGGCUUUGACAAGACCGAACGUGACAAUCAGAUAUUCGGAUAGGUACUAUCCUGAAAACUUCUACGAAGAAGAAAUCUCUGCUCCAGUAGCAGCCACCCCACGACCAAGGAAUUCUCCUCAGCACUUGCUCCAGCAGCAACCUCAGCCCCAACCUCAUCCUCACCAACAACAUCAGCUGCAGCAUCCGCAAUAUUUGUCCCAAAGGCCUGUACAAAUCAGGCAACCAAAUCAAGUUUUCCAUUCUCCAGAAGAAGUAAAUAUACCUCUUCAACAGAGAAGGCCUGCACAAGUGAACCAGAGGCCUGGAGACGAGUUUGAGUACUAAUAAAACCACGUUAAAAUAUUUAUGGUAAUUCGUGUGUGAAUGAGAUGAAAUUGAAGAUUAGGUCUUACCUAGUCAUUUGCCAGUUAUAAGAUUUAUUUUUUUUAGAAAGGGCCUCGAAGACCUUGCCAUUACUUAUUACAAUAAUUAGCAAAUAAACUUGUAGUACUACUUAAAUUCAUAGAGAAAAAAAUAU